CUAGACGUAGCCAUCACGAGGGAGAUCGAGUUGGCGUUUGGCCAGGUCCUCCCCCCUCGCAGAGUCGCAGCAGGGCAGCAGCCACAGGCCCACAGCCCAUAAAGCACACCAUGGCGUCGCCCAAGAACUGGUCCAUUGAAGAGUUCUCGGAAGGUUCUCCUCCCAUGUCAGCGUAGUUGGUGACUGUGUCCCGGGGACACCUGCAGGCGCGGCGCGGCGCGUAUUUAUCACAGGGGAAGCCGCCGGCGAGCCGAGAGGUGGAGGAGGAAGAGGGGGGCUUUGACGCGCCGGAGACGAGGGAGAUGGGGGGCGAUCCGGGGAAGCUCAUCAAGAGCGUGAAGGGCGCGGCGCAGAAGUACCUCGGCGUCGGGUUCCUGCUGGGGUUCUUCCUCGUGCUCCUCACCUACUUCACCGUCUCCGAGCAGUUCGUCAUCUCCGCGCCCAACGCUAUUCGGAGGUCAUCGCCGGGGCACGCGCACCCCUCGCCAUCGCCGAUCACCCCGUUCGUGGAGGAGAAGAGGCAGCAGGCCCCUGUCAGAGAGGAGGAGAAGCCACCCAAGGCAGAGCUUGCAGCGGAGGAGAAACCUCCCAAGGCAGAGCAAGAGAAGCCUCCCAAGGCAGAGCAUGCGGCCGAAGAGAAGCCCCCAGCUGUUGACGUCGAAGAGGCCCACGCAGAAACAGAGGACCGGAAGCCUGUCGCAGAUGAUGGCCGGAGCAGUGGUACCGGUGGCGAUGGCAUCCCGACGGAGGGCGCUCCGGCGAAGAAGCCGGCGUGCGACAUCCAGGGCCCGUGGGCGUCGGACGUCUGCGACGUCACCGGCGACGUGCGCAUCCGCGGCGCGGCGGGCACCAUCCUGAUCGCGCCGUCCGUCGAGAGCGGCGGCAACCCGAACCCGCAGGAGUGGCUGAUCCGGCCCUACUCCCGGAAGCACCAGGCCGUCAUCAAGGAGGUGACGGUGCGGGAGCUGGCCUCCGCCGCCGACGCGCCGCCGUGCGACGCCCGGUCACCCGUGCCGGCGCUGGUGUUCGCCAUGGGCGGGCUCACCGGCAACUACUGGCACGACUUCAGCGACAUCCUGAUCCCACUGUACCUGCAGGCCGUGCGGUUCCGCGGCGAGGUCCAGCUCGUCGCCGAGAACUUCCAGCCCUGGUACGCCGGCAAGUACCGGGCCAUCCUGAAGCGGCUGUCCCGGUACGAGAUCGUGGACAUGGACAAGGACGACCGGGUCCGGUGCUUCCCGGGCGCCGUGGUGGGCAUCCGGAUGCACAAGGAGUUCAGCAUCGACCCGGCGCGGGAGCCGCUGGGCCACUCCAUGCCGGAGUUCACCCGGUUCCUCCGCGAGACCUUCUCCCUCCCGCGCGACGCGCCGACGAGGCUCGCCGGCGCCGACGGCGAGGACAACGAGAAGGUCAGGCCCCGGAUGAUGAUCAUCUCGCGGCGGCACCCGCGGAAGCUGAUGAACGUGGACGCGGUGGUGGCCCUGGCGGAGCGCGUCGGGUUCGAGGUGGUGAUCGGGGACCCGCCGUUCAACGUGGACGUGGGCGAGUUCGCCCGGGAGGUGAACGCGGUGGACGCGCUGGUGGGCGUGCACGGCGCGGGGCUGACCAACUCGGUGUUCCUCCCGACGGGCGCCGUGUUCAUCCAGGUGGUGCCCUUCGGCAAGAUGGAGCACAUCGGGGAGGUGGACUUCGGCGUGCCCGCCGUGGACAUGGGGCUCCGGUACAUCGCCUACUCCGCCGGCGUGGAGGAGAGCACGCUGGUGGACACGCUGGGGCGCGACCACCCCGCCGUGAGGGACCCGGAGUCCGUCCACCGGAGCGGGUGGGGGAAGGUCGCCGAGUACUACCUCGGGCGGCAGGACAUCCGGCUGGACCUGGCGCGCUUCGAGCCCGUGCUCCGCAAGGCCAUGGAGAUGCUCAGGGAGCAGCAGUAGGUAGACACACAGGAGGAGAGCAGCAGAUGCCGGCCGCGCGUACUCGUACAGUUGUUUUCAUUUCACACGACCGACCUUCUUCUAGCAAGUAGGCUUUGAUUAAUCGGUUUCUCGAUUCUUUUACAUUUUUUGGUGUUCUUUUAAAGGGAAAAAAGUUAUAAAUCGAAGGUUUACAUGACAUUUGCAUC